AUGUUAAAGUUUUUGGUGUUUAAUUUGGUUUUAAUGGGGCUUGUGAGGAAUUGAAGGCUUAUUCAGGUGGGUUUAUUGAUAAUAUGCUUUAUGGGAUUGUUAAUAAUAAACCAUGAUUUUUGUUCUUUUUGUUUGGGCUAUAUAAUGAGGGUUGAUUAUUUAAGAUAUAUUUUGAUUGUAUUAAGAGUUUGGAUUGUAAUAUUAAUAGUUUUCAGGAGAACUGUAGUAAAGAAAAUAGGUAAUUUUUGUGUGGGGUUUUUGUCAGUGAAUUUGAUUUUGUUAAUAGUUUUGAUCUUAACUUUUAGAUCAGUAAAUUAUUUAAUGUUCUACAUUAGAUUUGAGAGCUCAUUGGUUCCCAUACUUGUAUUAAUUUUGGGUUGAGGUUAUCAACCUGAGCGAAUUCAGGCUGGAAUUUAUAUAUUGUUCUAUACUUUAUUUGCUUCUUUGCCAUUGUUAGCUUCUUUAUUGAGGUUAUAUAAAAGUGAAGGGAGAUUAAACAUGGGAUUGUUACUAUCAGGAGUAAUUGGCUAUCAGAGGACUAGGUUGCUGUGGUAUUUUUGUUCUGUGUUAGCGUUUAUGGUUAAAUUACCUUUGUUUAUAUUUCAUUUAUGGUUGCCUAAGGCCCAUGUGGAGGCCCCGGUUGCGGGGUCGAUAGUAUUGGCCGGGGUGUUAUUGAAGUUAGGAGGUUACGGUUUAAUCCGGAUUUUGGGGGUGUUUUCAGAGGUAAAUAAAAUAUUUUGUUGGGUGUGAGUGAGUCUUGGAAUUCUAGGAGGUGUUAUUAUUAGUUUAAUAUGUUUGCGUCAAGUGGAUAUGAAAUCAUUAAUUGCUUAUUCUUCUGUGGCUCAUAUGGGUUUAGUGUUAAGAGGGUUGGUUGUUAUAGGAGGGUGGGGUUUAAAUGGGGCUGUAGUAGUGAUGGUAGGUCAUGGUUUAUGUUCUUCAGGUUUAUUUUGUUUAGCAAAUAUAGUUUAUGAGCGGUUAGGGAGGCGAAGUUUGAUAAUUAGGAAAGGGUUGCUAAAUGUUAUGCCGAAUAUAGGUUUAUGGUGGUUUUUAUUAGUUGCAGGAAAUAUAGCUGCUCCCCCAACUUUAAAUUUAAUAGGAGAGAUUAGUUUAAUUAUUAGAGUGGUUAGAUGAAGGAAAUUAAUUAUAUUUAGAGUAGGGAUAUUGUCUUUUUUCAGGGCUUGUUAUACUUUAUAUAUGUAUUCAUUAAGGCAGCAUGGGUUAUUUUUAAAUGCCUUAUUUUCUUGUUGUUCUGGAAAGGUAGUGGAGUAUUUUGUCUUGUUAAUGCAUAGUGUUCCGUUAAAUAUCAUGAUUGUGAAGGGUUCAUUAAUUUUGUGUGAUCUAUAG